AUGCCAAAAUUGACAUUAGAUGAGUUCUUCAGCUAUACUGAUUUUACUUCGUUGACACUUGCACCCGACAAUAGUCAAUCGAUUCUCAUUCAAACACGACACCGCAUAUGGGAUCAAAGCGUCAAUGAAUAUCAUCUUCAUUUGUACUCGCUUGAUGAUAAAAACAAGACAUUAUUAACAAAACAUGCAUCUAGUUUACUUCGACCUCGUUGGCAAGGUGAAUGGAUUGCCUAUUUAAGUGACAAUCAGUCCAAUACUAUUUAUUUAUAUUCAACUCGAACUAAACAAACUUUUUCUCUGCCAUUGGGUAACGAAUCGAUUCAUGCUUUUACAUUAUCUAACAUUAAUACAAGUCUGUACUUCGCUGCACGAACAUCGUGGACGAACGAGGCUGAUAAAGCAUAUAAAAACGAAUGGAAUGAUGUAAUUGAAUACAGAGACAAAGAAAGAGGUGAUACAAUUUAUCGCGUUAAUUUGGAAGAUAUCAAUCGAUUUCAAAUGGAAAUCUUGGCAAAUAGUUCAUUGCGAGUCGCAGAAUUAAUUUGUUCGUUCGAUGGAAAACAUCUAGUUUUUUCUACUGAAUCAACAUUACAACAAAUCGAAUCGAUGGAUGAUUAUGAAAUUUAUUCUAUUGAUUUGACUGAUCAUUCAUCUACUGUUCCACGUCGAUUAACAAGCAAUCAAGGUAUUGAACGAAACUUGAAAUGGUUUAACAACGAAUCGUUUCUUUUUACUGUAACAAGUGAAGGAUCGAUUGAUGAUGAGUAUCGAGAUACUCAAGGACGACUCUAUUCAUUUGAUCUUCUCAAUGGAAGUAUUCAUCGUUGGGCUGAUCAAUUUACAGGUUCAAUAAAAAAUUACGACUUAUUAGAAAACGGACGAAAAGGUUUAAUCAUUCUUGGUCAAUUAAAUACCGAAACACAAGUUUAUACACAACAAUCGAUAAGUAGUCAAUUGGUUAAAAAAAUAGGUUGGAAUGGAACGUAUGAAUCGAUUGUUACUACCUGCACUAAUAACAAAUCUAUAAUUGCUUUUCUUCAUUCUUCGUUCGAUGCACCACAAGAGGUAUAUUUCAUUCAUAAUAUUGAUCAACUGACACUUGCUCAAUCAAUUACAAACGAAAAUCAACUUUUUAGAGAACGAAAUCUACCUAAAGGGAUAUCCUAUCAAUGGUUGAAUAAAGAUGAUGGAACUGAGAUCGAAGGCAUUCUUCUCUAUCCACCAGAUAAAUUUCAGCAGAAAAAUUUACCAUUGCUAGUACUCAUUCACGGUGGGCCUUAUCAUGCUGAUUUGAAUGUUUUUUAUGCCGAUUGGUACUUUUCUGCAAUGAUGAUGGCCACUGAAGGUUGGCUUGUACUACAACCAAACUAUCGAGGCUCAUCAGGUUAUGGCGACAAUUUUCUCUAUGGUGUACGUCUUGAAAUGGUUUCUCGACCGGGUAAAGAUAUUUUAUUUGGUGUUGAUGCAUUGAUACAUGAUGGUAUUGUCGAUCCAAGCCGACUGAGUAUCGGUGGUUAUAGUUAUGGUGGAUAUUUAACAAAUUGGCUUAUUACUCAAACUACUCGUUUUAAUGCGGCGUUCACUGGAGCCGGAGCUGUUGAACAUGUGAUUGAUUGGGGAACGAAUGACAUGCCAACGAGCAAUGCCUAUUUUCUAGGUGGUUUUCCUUGGCAAAUGCCAACACGUUAUCAGGAACAAGCAGCAAUAUUUCAAUUGAAUAAAGUUAAAACACCAACACAUAUUGUAAUAGGUGAAACUGACGUACGUGUUCCCGUCGCAGAAAAUUAUCUACUAGAACGAUCACUUCGUGUUCUUGGUAUUCCAACUAAAUUGAUAGUGUUUCCAAGUCAAGGUCACGAACUUAGUAGCAAUCCAUGGCAUGAAAAAAUCAAGGUGCGUGAAGAAUUGAAAUGGUUACAAAAGUACGGUCACAUUUGUGUGUCAACAUGUGAGGGGCCCUUAAUAUCAUCGGCCCAUUCUCAACGUAUACAUCAAUUCAUACUGCUCAUUUUUGUCAUGUACAUGUUUAUUCUUGUUUAA